ACCCAAUAUUGGUAAGAUAUUGCAUCAGUUUCCCAAGAACAGUCGGUCAAAAACUCCAUUAAUGGAAACCCAGAAUCUGCAUCUUCAACAUUUUGUCCACAACAGAAGGAAUUGAGACAAGUACCGGUUACUUUUGAAUCACAGAUAGAUGAAAAUUCAGAGAUGAAUGGAUUAAGAAAUCUGUUGAAAUACAAGAGCAUUGUGAAAGAAGCAUUUGAUAAGACAUUUCUAGCUGGAAAAUUGUUUUGCGUUCUUCAUGUUACUAACACCUACAUCUGCAGUCCUCUUCUUGGGCAUGGUCCUAGUAUGCUUCCAACUCUGAAGCUAACAGGUGAUUGGAUUUUGUCAGAAAAGAUAUCGAUUCGUUUAGGGAAGGUGCAAAAUGGAGAUAUAGUGACUGCACGCUCACCUGAAAAUCCAAAAAAGAUUGUUGUUAAACGAAUUAUGGGUAUGGAAGGAGAUACUGUAACUUACAUUGUCGACCCCAAGAAUUCGGAGAAAUGUCGAACUAUUACGGUGCCGAAAGGACAUGUUUGGAUCCAGGGAGAUAACAUAUAUUCCUCAAAUGAUUCGCGCCAUUUUGGUUCUAUUCCGUAUGGUCUUGUUCAAGGCAAGGUGUUUUUCAGGAUUUGGCCAGUCGAUGGUUUUGGAUCACUAGGACAAGAAGUCUAGUACUGGUUUGAUAGCAAAG